GGGCGUAAAAGGGGGCGUUCCGGAGCGCGCAGACGUUCCUCUUGGCGGCACCAGGUGUGUUCAAACCUGUAGCAGCAGAGCGCAGCGCUCCGCAGACGUCUCCGGGGCCAGUCAUCGUGUCGGGGGCUGGAUCUCAACCGCACGAACCGCCUCUACCGGUGAACGCCGCCGCUGCCGCCCUUCUUCGGUGCGGGAGAUCUGUCGUUGACGCACGACAUUUGACGGACGGUCCACGGUCUCUGUUUACAUCUCGCCCCCCCCCCCCCCAGCGCAGAGGAUAAGGAUCCAGAGAAGCACCGGAGGACAUAACCCCCCCCCCCCCGAUUGUUGCCCCCCCCCAACCCCCCAACCGCCCCUUUUUCUUUCUUUUUUUCUCCAACCGCCGCUAUUUUACGCACACGGAGCGCAUGGAAUGACCGCAUCCAAGGCAACGGCGCGCACACCGGCGCGUUAACCCGUGGGAUGACAGAGCCCCGGCGGCGUCUCCACGAGUGAACGAGCGGCCCCAGGCGGGAUGACAUCCCCGGCGGGUCGGGAGGCAAACACCGGAGCGUUUUCUCGGGCCGCGUCGCUUCCCCGCGCUCGUCUAACCACAGCGACCGUGUGAACCAGUUCGACCGCCCGUCGCUCGACGCCGAGGGGAGAGCAAGGCAGCCCGUCGAUAAGAUAAGAUAAACCAUGUCCAGGACGCUGAAGAAGAAGAAACACUGGUCCGGCAAAGUGGUGGAGUGCGCGGUGUCAUGGGGCAACCUGGGCGACUUCGGCUCCGUGGUGGAGGUGCUGGGCGGCGCGGAGCUGGGACAGUUCCCCCACCUGGGCCAGAUGAAGCUCGACGUGCUGGUGUGUCACGUCGGCAAGCUGCCCUACUACGGCGACGUCCUGCUGGAGGUGAACGGGACGCCCGUCAGUGGACUUACAAACCGCGACACCCUGGCCGUCAUCCGCCACUUUCGGGAGCCGGUUCGCCUGAAGACGGUCAAACCAGGUAAAGUAUUGAACUCGGACCUGCGCCACUACCUCAGCCUGCAGUUUCAGAAGGGCUCGCUGGACCACAAGCUCCAGCAGAUCAUACGGGACAAUCUCUACCUGCGCACCAUCCCCUGCACCACGCGGCUUCCUCGAGACGGCGAGGUGCCGGGUGUGGACUACAACUUCAUCAGCGUUGGAGACUUCAGGAUCCUGGAGGAGAGUGGACUUCUUCUGGAGAGUGGGACCUACGACGGGAACUACUACGGGACGCCCAAGCCCCCGGCGGAGCCCAACCUGGUGCAGCCCGACCUCGUGGACCAGGUGCUGUUCGACGAAGACUACGUCGGCGACGUGCCCAGGAAGCGCACCACCUCGGUCAGUAACAUGGACCGGAAGGACAGCACCGUCCCCGAGGAGGAGGACGACGAUGACAGGCCACCGCUGGUCAACGGAUUGCCUGAGCUCAAAGAGAGGGCGGACUGGAGGAAGGCGGUGCCCAGCUAUACCCAGUCCAGCAGCUCCAUGGACUUCCGCACGUGGAGCUCUCUUCCUCGCGACGACAGCCUGGAGCCUCUGCCCCUUAACUGGGAGAUGGCGUACACUGAGACCGGCAUGGUCUACUUCAUAGAUCACAACACCAAGACGACCACGUGGUUGGAUCCCCGCUUGGCGAAGAAGGCGAAGCCCCCCGAGAAGUGUGAGGACGGAGAGUUGCCCUACGGCUGGGAGGAAAUUGACGACCCGCAAUACGGCACAUACUACGUGGACCACAUCAACCAGAAAACCCAGUUCGAGAACCCGGUGCUGGAGGCGAAGAAGAAGCUGAGCCAGGAGACCGCCGCGAUCCAACAAGCCGCCGCGGCACCGUCCCAAGGUAAGGGAGGCGCGUUUGGCUUCACCGCGGACCCCAACCAGCUGAAUGGGGAGCUGUACCACACGGCGCUGAAGAAGAGCGCCCAGGGGUUCGGGUUCACCAUCAUCGGAGGCGACCGCACGGACGAGUUUCUGCAGGUGAAGAACGUGCUCGGCGACGGUCCCGCCGCCCACGACAACAAGAUGGCGUCCGGUGAUGUGAUUGUUGAGAUCAACGGGAUGUGCGUGCUGGGGAAGACGCAUCCAGAGGUGGUGCAGAUGUUCCAGUCCAUUCCCAUCAACCAGUAUGUGGACAUGGUCCUUUGCCGUGGCUACCCGCUUCCCCCGGAUGUGGACCUGACCAGCGACGACCCCCUGCCACCUCCCCCUCCUCCGGCGAAUGCCCAGCCCCAGCAGGCCCUGCACGGCGGCGAGGUGGUGACGGCCGUGCCCCUCAUCAACGGCCAGCCGCUGCUCGUGAAAGGCGACGUCCUCCACGGCUCGUCCCAGGAGCUCCACUACGUCACCACGGACGCCAGCGGCCGGCCCGUCGUGGCCGCCCUGCCCAACGGCAGGCAGGGGGAGCGAGGGGAGAUGGCUUCGGCGAUGCUGCAGCCGGAGCUGGUGAGCGUGCCACUGGUGAAGGGGCCGGGGGGAUUCGGGUUCGCCAUCGCCGACUGCCCGCUGGGCCAGAAGGUGAAGAUGAUCCUGGACGCCCAGUGGUGCCGCGGCCUGCAGAAAGGAGACGUCAUCAAGGAUAUCAACAGGCAGAAUGUCCAGACUCUGAGCCACGCUCAGGUGGUGGACAUCCUCAAGGAUCUGCCGGUGGGCAGCGAGGUCAAUGUGCUAGUGCUGCGAGGAGGUCAAACGUCCCCCGUGAAGAGUCUAAAGCCUCGACAGGACAUGACGGCCAGCACGGAGACUCUGGACGGCAUCGCCGACUCGGCUCCCCAGGCUUUGCCGUACCACUCCAACACGAGCACCCUGCGCUCCGCCGACUCCCCCAAGCGGGAUGCCACGGAGAUGUACCUGAAGUCCAAAGCCCUGCUGGAGAGCAGACAGCCUUACACCAAAGACAUAGAUGUUUUUCUUAAGAGAGACAUUGAAACGGGCUUUGGCUUCCGGGUUCUGGGGGGCGAAGGUCCACAACAGCCAAACGUCUUUCCCCAGGUGUACAUCGGGGCCAUCGUGGCCAGCGGCGCGGCGGAGAAAGACGGUCGCCUGAGGGCAGGAGACGAGCUCAUCGGCAUCGACGGCGUGAUGGUCAAAGGCCGUUCGCACAAGCAGGUGCUGGAUCUGAUGACCAACGCCGCCCGCAACGGUCAAGUGAUGUUGACCGUGCGAAGAAAGGUCAUCUACAGAGACCCCACCGAGGAGGAGGCCCUGGAGAUGGCUCCAGUGCUGGUGAACGGUUCCCCCAAGCUACCUCGCCUGCCGAUGCCCAGCGCUCUGGACCACGAGUCCUUCGACAUCACGCUCCACCGCAAGGACACGGAGGGCUUCGGCUUCGUCAUCCUCACGUCCAAGAGCAAACCGCCGCUCGGAGUCAUCCCGCACAAAAUUGGCCGCAUCAUCGAAGGCAGCCCCACCGACCGCUGCGGCCUGCUGCACGUCGGCGAUCGCAUCUCGGCGGUCAACGGGCGCUCCAUCAUCGAGCUCUCUCACAACGACAUUGUCCUGCUCAUCAAGGAGGCCGGCAACGUGGUGACGCUCACUGUAGUUCCCGAGGACGAAUACAAGGGUCCUCCGUCUGGGGCGAGUUCAGCCAAACAGAGUCCGGCUCUUCAGCACAGAGCCAUGGGUCAAAGGUCAGCACUUCAGGACGACCGCUAUAACCUCGACCUGGAGGAGAGGAGGGACGGAGUCAACUGGUCCGACCACAACACUCUUCCACUCAGCGAGCAGGGGACUCUGUGCGUGACGGGACCCAACCAGGGCUGUCUGACGGUGGAGUUGGAGAGGGGCCCCCGCGGCUUUGGCUUCAGUCUGCGAGGGGGAACCGAGUACAACAUGGGCCUGUACAUCCUGAGACUCGCGGAGGAUGGAGCCGCUCAGCUGGAUGGAAGAAUUCAUGUUGGAGACGAGAUAGUGGAGAUUAAUGGGGAGCCGGCACGCGGCAUUUCUCAUACGCGGGCUAUUGAACUGAUCCAGGCCGGGGGAAGCAAGGUGGCGCUGCUGCUGCGGCCCGGGGCGGGCCUGGCCCAAGACGGCAGUCAACGUGAUCAAAAACUCAUUUCACCCUCGGGCUACUCCAGAGAGGUGUUUUUCUCUGACACAUCACCCCUGUCCCCGCCAUUUUCCCCCGGGGCUUCCCUCUUCGUGUCCCCUCCGUUCGCCGGCAAACUCAAACACUCCGUCAGCUGGAGCUCCAUAUCCCCACGGCGGCUCAAGCCCCGCGGCAGCAGCAGCGGCAGCAGCAGGGGUUUGAGCUCGGUGGAGGAGAGCGGCGAGUGGGCCGACAAGGAGGCGGAAAGGCUCUCUCCCGCCUCCCCUGAGCAUGUGAAGUUCUACAAGAGGACCAGGCCCGCAAAGGACUCCAGCGAGCUAAGCAGCCCAAAGAAAACAUUGGAGACAUUUCAAGCCAAAGAGCAUCAUCCCAGUCCCAGAAAGACUCAGAGUCAGGCACAGAAAGAAACACUGAGCAGGAGCAGGAUGCCUGCGACGCGCGCAGAGACAGAGUACGCGAGCCCGAGGAGGUCUCCUCAGGCGGGGCCGCCGGCGGCCGCGACUCCGCGGGGUGCCGAGCGCCAGCGAGGCCCUCGGGCGGCGUCGAAGGACACCUCCGGCCAAGAGAGCCUGAGCCACGAAAAGAAAAAUGGCAAGGGGGCGAGCCUCGAGAUCAGACGCCACGCACACGGAGGAGAGGUGGAAGGGAGGGGAGAGCGGAUCCGGCACGGCCAUGAGCAAGACGGUUUCAAACGGAGGGUGGCGAGAGAAUCGCAGCACCCCAGAGCGUCUCCGCAUGCAGCUAGAGACGGCCAGACGGGCCCAGGCGAGGACUCGGGCAAGAGAGAUGCCAACGGCAAGGGCAAACCUCCAGAGGACAGGGGCCGGGGUAGAGAGGCGACAAACGGCAAGAGAGAGCCCCUGCUGUCCUUCAAAGAGGCGCGGGCGAGGAAAGUUUCCGUAGCUUCGCCGGCGGGGGCAAAAGGAAGACAGGAGGCCUUUCCUCGGGGCAGAGAGAGCGGCAGUAAGGACGCCGCGGUGGCCUCUGUGAGCUGUGUUCCGGGGACCCCGCAGACCCCGGAGGGACCUCUCAGCCCCGGACCUGUGGAACAACAGCUACCAACAGCGCUUCACCCAUUACAAUGCAAUGACUCAUAUGCAAAAGAAAGGAGAAAGGCCCCGUCGCCUCUCGCCUGUAGUAGACGCCAACUGUGACCGUCAUCCGGGAUUUCGUUUCGCUCUCGGCCCCAUCGGGGGGGGGGGAGGGGUUUGGGGACUCACCUGCAUGCAGUCGGUCCUUCUCUUAGUUUCAAUGCACGCGUUCUGCACAUCACUGAGGAUGAUCCCCCCCCCCCCCCCCCUUUUUUUUAUUGUUGUUUAUAAAUCUCAUUCUGGGCAUCAGGCAGAUUUCCAAACACAACCCCAGCAAGCGUUCACUUUUUCGCGGACUCCGGACUGUUCUGCGACUCUCCUCCGCACCAACAGUGUCGUUCAGAGAAAAGACCAGAAACUUGUGGUUUUUGCGAUCUUGUUUGCCGUGUGUACGACAAGCGACCAGUGUGUAAUUUAUUCAGAUGAUAGAUGAAUAUGAAUUAAUAUAUGUGUAUAUGUAGCCGUACUAAGCCAUUCCACAUUUUGAUAUAGAAUUGACAGACUUGUCCCAUGAGCUCUCACCUUAUUUCCGUUGUACUUCGGUGGUAGGAGUUACUAUGGAUCUUUGUAGUUCAUGAAAUGUAUAGUCCACGUGCAAACCACUGUACCAAAUGUUUGCAAUCGCUCAUUGUGAAAUAUAUUAUAUACAUACAUAUAUAUAUAUAAAAAAAAAUAUAUAUAUAUAUUUGAAUGUGUCUUAUUUGCAGAUUCUAACUUUUAAAAUAUCUAUUGAAUUCCAUUGCGCUGCAUCUGCCCUCGUAGCAUAAAAGUGACAGAAUGACCAUGAGUUUUAUUUAAUUUGUGAUGUUGAUCUUGCUACCAAUACGUUUUUUUUUCUUCAUUUUUUUGUUGUUUGUUUUUUACUUUAUAAAGUGUAUUGAUUUUUUCUAAAAGGGUUCACUGUUUCAGGCCGAAUUUGCAAUUUAUAUAAUACUGUACGGGUUUUGAGUCGUGCAGCUGGUCGUUUCAUAUUAUUGGAUUAUAGAGGUAUGUGUUUGUCAAUCCUGCUGUGUGGUUACGUGUGGCUUGAAGGACAGCGGAGUUUCGAGAGUGACACGGUGGUUUACUGAGAUAUAUUGAGCAUGUUGCUGAUGUAAAAAGCAGGUCAACAGAGGCCGCGACCCUCUUAAAGGCUGAGGCUGAACCGACGGCUCGGGAGAUCUUGAGAAAUAUGAGAAAUAGUCUAAUUUCACUGUUUUAUUCCGCUCAAUCGCUCUUCAAGGCUCCCGCCGUAAAACCUGAGGCGACGAAAAAACACUUUCUAUCAUGAGACCGAGACAUAUUUCAGAUGAGCUCAGGGAGGAACGCGGCGUGGCGCAAACGUGUGACGAGGUCACGGCGGGUAAAAGGUCAGCGAUCGACUGUGAGACGAGGGCCGCGAUUGUACAAGGGAGUUUUCAGGUUUCAAAAAAAAAAAAACACGCGCGCGCGAGCGGAUGCGCUACGAGCCAAUCGGUGGCAGGUCUUUGUGCAAUAGUUUGGUUGGUCGAAUGAGUAAAUCCAACCCUGAGUGUCGAGUGCAGGCGGCUCAGUCCGGUCCAGAGUCACACUCAUGCUCCUUUCCCUGUUUUACUUCUGACCGUUUUGUAUCUCAUCUCUCUGUCUCAUGCUGUGGCCUUGCAUCGCUUCAUUAGAAAGAAGAAAAAAAAAUCGAGAAACAAACAAACAAACAAACAAAAAAAAAACAAAUCCUUGUGGUUUCUUCUACAUUCUGUUGGUAGACGGUAGAUGUAAAUGUUUGUACAUUGUACAGCACCUUUAUAAAAUUCUUGCUGAGUGCUCUUUCGGGGAGAGAGAAGAAAAAAAAAAUAGAGGUUAUAUUAUAUCGCUCCAUUAUUUUUUUAUGUGAAAAGAAGAAAAUAUUUAGCAAAUGGAUGAAAAGAGGACAGGCUAUGAGCCUGGCGUGGUGUUCCGUUCAUGCACUGAAAAAUAAAGUUUUGCUGAAAAACACAA